AUGUUAUCAUUUGAAUUUCUUGAUUUCUUUGGUUUUGAAUUCUUGAUAAUAGUUAGAACAGAGUUAAAGAAUUCCCUUUCAAACCCUAAAAUCUUUUUAACCCUAAACUUCCAUUUCAAACCCUUAUUGCGCCGUCACUUCAUCUUCACUCUCGAACCCAGCAGCUUCCUUCGACGUCCAUCGUCAUCUUCAUCACUGGAACCCAGCCUCAUCUUCAUCUUCUGGAACCCAGCCUUCUGGAACCCAACCCUUCAUCGCACCCAAAAAACCCUAACCUCCAUCACGCCGCCAUCUAUCUCACUGGUUCGUCGUUGUGUUAGCCAGCUAGCCACUUCUUUUGCUGUCCUUCUCGCCGUUCUGGUCGUUGUGCUGCUCGCCUCUCUCUGUCGCGGUUCUGCUUGCCUCUCUCUAUCGCGGUUCUGCUCGCCUCUCCCUGUGGUGAAGUACUGCUCUGAGAAUAACAAGAGGCUUAUUCACUUCUCUACUUGUGAAGUGUAUGGGAAAAUGAUUGGAAGCUUUCUCCCCAAAGAUAGUUCUGCUUCUGUUGAUUGGAGGGAGAAGGGCGCUGUCUCCCCCCUUAAGGAUCAAGGCCAAUGCGGGAGUUGUUGGGUAUUCUCAACAGUUGCUGUGGUGGAAGGGAUCAAUAAAAUUGUGAGGGGGGAGUUGAUAUCUCUGUCAGAGCAAGAGUUGGUGGACUGGUUCUGUUCUUAAUUUAUCUGAGAGUUCCACUGACUCACCGAUUCCAACCAUCAAAACCCUAACUCUUAUCCGUACCCUACAACAUGGCUUCCGUUUUAGAGAUGCGUGGAAACCCCAUCAAGUUGAGUUGUGCAGCAAGG